AUGAAAGAUUCAAAUCGUAUCGUCUGCAGUGUUUGUUCUGCCCCGGAUCAUCUUCGUCGUGACUGUCCGAUGAUAAAGUGUAUUUCUUGUGGAAAUCUGGGACACUUCAAGGAAGAUUGCCCAAACGAAAAGAAACGUGCACGGGCUGAAGAAGAAACUGUAGUUUCUGUUUGUCGAAGCUGCGGGUCGUCAAGGCAUAUACAGGCAAGUUGUCCACUCCGUUUUCAAUCUAUAGAGUGUUUCCAGUGUCAUCAGCGUGGGCACAUGAUGCCUACAUGUCCACAAACGCGUUGUUUUAAUUGCGGUAGUUACGGUCACAGCUCUCAGCUCUGCCACAGUAGACCACUUUGCUUUCACUGCUCACUAGCGGGGCAUCGAUCAACGGACUGUCCAAUGAAACCAAAGGGAAGAGUUUGUUAUCGCUGCAAAGAGCCCGGGCACGAGAUGGCCGACUGCAGACAAACAGCAGUCUGUCAUAUGUGCAAUCAGACCGGUCAUCUCCUCGCACAGUGUCCAGAGGCAUUAUGCAGUCGGUGCCAUGAGAAGGGCCAUAUGGCCAGUUCAUGCUCAAAACUACGCUGCGACACCUGCAGUGGUCAGCACCUCACAACCGAGUGUAAACACAGAUCGUCUGCAGUGGCGGAAAAUCGCAUGGAUGGAAGCUCCGCAGAAGAGACUUCCUCAAAUGGUAGUGAUGCUGAACGGGAGGCAGGAUCAGAUGCAACUCCGGCAACUGCUCAAGUGGAAGAGACUGUAGUGAUGUUUGUACCGAGUGGUAUUAAACGUGAUGGUCGAGUGGCGGUUAUUAUUGAUGGAGGAUACUUUGAACGUGUUUUGAAAGGCCAUGAACGCCGGGAUGAGGCACAAUACAAACGUACAGUGGAAGUUUUACGCAGCACAUUGGAUUUUCUUGGUGAAGUAUUUCAAAAGGAACCAGUCGCGUAUUGGUUUGAUACCGACCCGGCGGCCUUCACGGAGUAUAUUGAGAAUUCUAUGCCUCUGCCUCACAGAGAAAAAGCCUUUCGUGAAAGUCAUCUUCGCAAACGGUUUCUACUGGAUGAGAUGAAUGGAACGCGUCAAUUAAGCAAUGUUGUGGCCCGUCUCGUUGGAAGAAUGAAAAAACAAAAAGGAUACACCCGUGAUGGACAACGGUAUGUGUGGGUUCAAACAGGUGUGGAUGUUGCUAUGGCAACUUGCAUUAUUGAAACCUUUCUCUAUCAACAGUUUCAACAGGUAGUUCUCUUAUGUGGUGAUGCGGAUUUAUAUCCGGCGAUUCAGUAUUGUCAUAACCAGCGGCGCAGUUCCCCUUCGCUGGAGCAAACUAAUCCGGUGCGUGUAUGUGGUACAUCCUCUUCUAUUUCAAGGAUAUACGGACGAGAUCAGGACCUUUGUGAUUUCCUUCCACGCAUUUUGCUUGAUGCUCCUCGUCACGUUGAGGGGGAGAGAGAGAUUCUAUUUCCGACACAUACCAUCUUUUUGUAG